AUGGCCAGGGGGUCUCAGCCAUCUGCAUCGCUCCUGCUCUUCUCUCUGGGGCUUGUGCUCCUCUGCUUCACCUCAGGAAGCACCGUGAGGCUGGCCGAGGCACAGAAAACGUGGUGCAUGGCGAAGCCGUCGUCGGACGAGAAGGUCCUGCAGGCCAACAUCAACUACGCGUGCUCCAACGUCAGCUGCGCUGUGAUCCAGCCGGGCGGGCCGUGCUACAACCCCAACAACCUGCUGUCGCACACCUCCGUCGCCAUGAACCUCUACUACGCCGCCAACGGCCGGCACUCCUGGAACUGCUACUUCGCCGACUCGGGCAUCGUCGUCAAGUCCGACCCCAGUUACGGUUCGUGCACCUACUACUGA